CAGAGGGAUUUAGUUGCCAGCUCUUUUGGAGAAGAAUUCAACACAUGUAAUUUGUAUUUCGCCAAAGCUAGGAAGAUCCUCUAAAUCUGUAUCACCAACUUUAAAUGACUAACUGAAAAUAUGGACAAAUAAAAAUGUGAGAAACCUUGGGAACGCCCACAUGCUAUAGUGACGUUCAAUCUUGUUAAAUCGAAUACGUAAGGUCAAUAUCCAGCAACAAUAUGAUAUUAUUAUCAUCGUUUCUUACUCCAAUUUGAUAUAAUCCAUCAAUGGCGAGCGAGGGGAUAAACAAGUUCAUCAAGCUUUGGCUCUGCAUAAUCAUUUCCCUGUGCUACUGCUACUCCAUAGGUAGAACCAAGAAAACCCCUAAAGGAAUUGUACGGCUUCUUUGUUUAUUGCCAGUUAUGUGCCUAUUCCUCGCCAUCCCACUCAACAUCUCCUCCAUACAUUUCGCUGGUACCACUGCUUUCUCCAUCUCUUGGCUUGCUAACUUCAAGCUUUUACUUUUCGCCUUCGGCAAAGGCCCUUUAUCAUCCCCAUCUCUCUCUUUACCUCGUUUCAUUGCCAUUGCUUGUUUCCCUAUCAAAAUCCAACAACACCCUUCACAUCUAAAUGUCUAUCAAACACCUACAAACUAUGCAAUCAAGGUUCUGCUUUUUGCCUUGUUGCUUAGUGUAUAUGACUAUACGCACCAUAUCCACCCUACGAUCUUGUUGGUUCUGUAUUGUUUUCAUGUAUACUUUUGUCUAGAGAUUAUCCUAGUAACGGUGGCGACCUUGACUCGAGCCUUGUUGGGUCUCGAGCUAGAGAAACAGUUUAACGAACCCUAUCUCUCCACCUCGCUGCAAGAUUUCUGGGGUAAGAGAUGGAACCUCAUGGCAACUAGUGUUCUACGACCGACGGCGUACGAACCUGUCCGGAACACCGCUGCUCGUUUCAUUGGUCGUAAACGGGCUCUGCUUCCGGCGGUUUUCGGGACUUUUGUGGUGUCGGGAAUCAUGCACGAGCUGAUUUUCUAUUACCUGGGACGCGUGUGGCCGACAUGGGAAGUCAUGCGGUUCUUUCUUCUCCAUGGAGUAUGUGUGACGGCGGAGAUCGUUCUGAAGAACGCCUUUGCGGAUAAGUGGCCGUUGCCCAGGGAGGUUUCUACGCCGUUGACGGUUGGAUUCGUGAUGAUUACUGGUAACUGGCUAUUUUUCCCACCGCUUCUACGGUGUGGGGCUAAGGAGAGGGCGCUUGAAGAGUACGCGGUGCUAGGCGCGUUUAUUAAGAAUGUUACUACGCUAACCUUCAGCUCUUUCAAGUCACAUUGAUUCUGGUCUUCAGGCCAAAUGAUUACAUAGCAGCACAAUUAUGAAACAGCAAGUUCUAUAAUUCACCUGAAGAAUGGGAGCAGAGGAACUGGAUGAACAACGGGGCUCAUUCAUCAGCUCCCAAGCAAAUAUUGCCGGUUCAUCAGCAUACUUAACACCACUCAAGGAAUUCUUUCUAGACAAAAUAGCCUGUGAAAUACAACAUCCGAUGUUAACUUGAUACGAUUGCUACAGCCAAAGAAGAAGCAUACAUGUGGGUGAGUAAAGCCAAUAACUUUCUUAUCAUACAAUCAAAUCUUUCCAUUGAUCUAAAAGUAGUGGAAAUUCAAAGAACGAUGCUUAUAA